GCCCUGCUGAUUGAGGUAGUAACAUAGACUGUAAGGUAACGUUACUUGCAGAAGUACAUCACUUUAGGUAAAGGUAGUACAGGAAAAGUUGUGUGAAAGACGCUGAUGGUGUGAGUUAGAUCAACGCCUACAAGUUAACAUUUAGUUAAAGACGUUAUAGGUUUUUAAUCCAUCACCGGCUGCGGAACCGACGACUGUUUCGUCACAUAACAGAGAGGAGCUAACAUAAUCUUCGCAUUCCUCAAGUUGACUGACUGUCGAGUUGGCAAAGAUGUUUCAGAUAAAGAGGAUCUGCUGCAUUGGUGCUGGGUAUGUUGGAGGCCCGACCUGCAGUGUGAUCGCCCACAUGUGUCCAGAGAUAACGGUGACCGUUGUGGAUGUCAAUGAGUCACGAAUCAAAGCCUGGAACUCAGACACUCUGCCCAUAUAUGAGCCGGGUCUGAAAGAAGUUGUUGAAUCAUGCAGAGGGACAAAUUUGUUUUUCUCCACAGACAUAGACUCAGCGAUCAGGGACGCAGACCUUGUGUUCAUCUCUGUGAACACCCCAACUAAGACCUAUGGGAUGGGCAAGGGUCGUGCAGCUGACCUUAAGUUCAUCGAGGCGUGUGCUCGGCGGAUUGUCGAGGUGUCUGAUGGCUACAAAAUCGUCACAGAGAAGAGCACAGUCCCGGUUCGAGCUGCUGAGAGCAUUCGACGGAUAUUUGAUGCGAACACCAAGCCAAGCCUCAACUUACAGGUGCUUUCCAACCCAGAGUUCCUUGCAGAAGGAACAGCAGUGCGGGAUCUAAAGGAGCCAGACCGUGUCCUGAUUGGUGGAGAUGAAACAGCCGAAGGUCAAAGGGCAAUCAGAGCGCUGUGUGCCGUCUAUGAACACUGGGUCCCCAUAGAUCGCAUCAUCACCACCAACACAUGGUCAUCCGAGCUGUCCAAACUGGCAGCCAAUGCCUUCCUGGCCCAGCGGAUCAGCAGCAUCAACAGCAUCAGCGCUCUGUGCGAGGCAACCGGGGCCGACGUGGAGGAGGUGGCCAAGGCCAUUGGCAUGGACCAGAGAAUAGGGAGCAAGUUUCUCAAAGCCAGCGUCGGUUUUGGUGGAAGCUGUUUCCAGAAGGAUGUGCUGAAUCUGGUAUAUCUUUGCGAGGCCCUCAACCUGCCUGAGGUCGCCUCCUACUGGCAGCAGGUGAUCGACAUGAACGAGUACCAAAGGCGGAGGUUUGCCUGCAGGAUCAUUGACUGCCUCUUCAACACCGUUACUGGAAAAAAGAUUGCUCUGCUGGGCUUCUCCUUCAAAAAAGACACGGGUGACACAAGGGAGUCUUCCAGUAUCUACAUCUCUAAGUACCUGAUGGAUGAAGGAGCCAAGCUGUUCAUCUACGACCCCAAAGUCCUUAAGGAGCAAAUCAUUCAUGACCUCUCUCAGCCCAACAUCUCAGACGACAACCCACAGAGAGUUUCUGAGCUGGUAACUGUGACCACUGACCCGUAUGAGGCCUGCCAAAUGGCCCACGCGUUGGUCAUCUGCACCGAGUGGGACAUGUUUAAGGAGCUGGACUAUGAGAAGAUCUACAAGAAGAUGCUGAAGCCGGCCUUCAUAUUUGAUGGUCGCAGAGUGCUGGACCAUCUCCACGCUCCCCUCCAGAACAUCGGCUUCCAGGUCGAGACCAUCGGGAAGAAAGUGACCGCAUCACGAAUCCCCUACACCCCCGCCGCAGCUAUUACUCGCAGCAUCACCGCCCCUGAACCUCCCACCAAGAAAGCCAAAGUCUAAACCUCACUCUACCUCCACACCAAACACAUUCCUCUGUUAUUAUUUUUACUGCUAGUGAAACAUUUCAGUCAGUUCCCCCCCCCCCCUCUGUUGUUGCCUCAUUUCUUUUUUUUAAAGAGCGUGACCAGGUGCUCCCCUGCAGUCAGUCUGAGAGGACGUUGUGUGAAUGUGACCCUAAAGUUUGGGUCUUUAGAAGAAGUUUAGUGAUAAAGCAUUAAGAAACAGGUAUAUUUUAAGUUCAUGACAAAUAGCAUUUAUCAAUUAAACAUUUUAGAUGCAGUAAUACAUGCACCGUCUACUUUCUUACAGCAUUUACUGUGAUCAAGUAUUGCUGCUGAAUUGCAAAACGAUUUUUAUAAAAGUAUUUUUAUAAAUCAUCUUACUGUAAGUUAAUCAGUAUUGACCUCUGUAUCAGUGACUUUUAUACUACAAUAAAAUGUGAUGUCUCCUUAA